AUGACGCUCCAUGAGCCGAAAGUAUUCAGUUCGCAUUCUGAAGAGCCGCAUAUCAGUCAAAUGGAUUCUCGUAUACCUACCGACCAGGCGCAUAUGAUUAACGGAGAGAGGCCAGAUGUUUUCGAAUACGAUCCCUCAGAAGAGCUAGACACCCACACUGAGAUGGUCGCUCCGAAUGUCGAUGCUCGUAUUUUUGAGAGACAGGAUUCUUUGGCCCGAGCAGCUACGCUGCAGGAAUGUGAUCGCGAAAGAGAUCCUGAGAUUUUGAAUUUUUUGGAAACUACAAUGAAUAUCGAUGAUUACCUUGAGGAUAUAAAACAGGCGACGGGUGUUCCCCCAGAAGAAAUCGACUUGGACGAUUAUGAGUUGCAGAAAUGCAAUAUUCUAUACCAAGACGAUAAAAUGCAGCCGUACGACAGCUAUGAUCCUUUCGCUCACGAUAUGGGAUUGCAUGAUCAUAUGGUACCUUUGGAUUACGAUCCCAAACCACUCACACCAGCUCCCACAGCUCCUUCAUCUGUGGAAAACAUAGUCGUCAAAACAGAACCGGCAUGGGAAAGUGAGUUAUUGUUCCGAUGA